ACCAUCACCAGGUCAGCAUCCAAUCCAAGCAUCCAGCAACCAGCACCAACCUGAGCAGCUUGCAACAAGAGCUGCAGUAUAUCUAUAAAUUCUGUUCUGAUCUUGUUCGCUAGCUUGACUGUUCGAGCCCGGGUUGCAAAUAACAACCUGCACUGCAGCGUGAUUAGCUCUGCCAAUGGCAUCGUCCAGCGGGAUGAAGCUUGUGUACAUGGCGCCUCUCCUCCCGUUGCUCUUCAUGUCCGGCGUUCUUGAGGCUGCAGGAGCGGGCAGCUCGGCUGACGGCACGAACGGCAACUUGCACGGGUCUGUCACCAGCAGACCUGCCGCCGCGCCCAGGGGAAGAUCGCUGCCGGAAUCGCAGAGCGUGUUCAGCCUCGACCGCUACGGUGCCCGUGGCGACGGGAGGAACGAUGACACGCGGGCGCUGGAGAUGGCGUGGAAGGCGGCGUGCGCCUCGCCACGGCCGGCCGUCGUGCUCGUCCCUGCCGGCAGGCGCUACCUGCUGAAGCUCCUCACCCUCCGUGGCCCGUGCAAGUCCAGUGUCACGCUCACGGUGAAGGGCACCCUGGUUGCAUCGCCAAACCGGGCGGAUUGGAGCGACAGUGACAGGAGGCACUGGAUCGUGUUCCGAAGCAUCGACGAGCUCACUGUCAACGGCGGUGGCGCCAUCGAUGGCAACGGCGAGAAAUGGUGGCCUCACUCGUGCAAGAUCAACAAGGCUCUCCCUUGCAAGGAGGCUCCGACGGCUCUGUCAUUCCACUACUGCGUCGGCCUGAAAGUGGAGGAUCUGAAAAUUAUGAACAGCCAACAGAUCCACAUGUCAGUCGAGGAUUCUGCAAAUGUGCUGCUGGCGCGGUUGUCCAUCACAGCGCCUGGCACCAGCCCUAACACUGACGGCAUCCACAUCACUCGCAGCAAAGAUGUACGCGUCACAGACUGCAAGAUCAAGACAGGGGACGACUGCAUGUCAAUCGAGAACGGGACUCACAACCUCCAUGUCUCCAAAGUUACCUGUGGUCCAGGGCAUGGGAUCAGCAUCGGAAGCCUAGGAGACGACAACUCAAGAGCAGAAGUCUCCGGCAUCACCAUAGACUCAGUGCAACUACACGGCACAACCAACGGAGCACGCAUCAAGACGUACCAGGGAGGCAGCGGAUACGCCAAGGACAUCACGUUCCAAAACAUGGUUAUGUACGACGUCAAGAACCCGAUAAUCAUCGACCAGAACUACUGCGACAGGGCUAAGCCAUGCGGAGAACAAGAGUCAGCGGUGCAGGUCAGCGGCGUCGUCUUCAAGAACAUUAGAGGGACGACCAGUACCAAGGACGCCAUCAAGAUGAACUGCAGCGAGAACGUCCCAUGCCAGGGCAUUACCUUGCAGAACAUCGACCUGGAAAUGCAGGACGGCAAGGGCAGCACGAGAAGCACAUGUAGGAAUGCGAAAUGGAGAGAAUUUGGGACCGUUCACCCGCAGCCUUGCACUGCCACAGACACAGAGUAGGGGGCAAUGGAACUCAGUCGCUUGUGCUUUGUAGCUAGUCUGUACAGAACUACAGAUGGAGUAAAGGCAUACUCAUGUAUAUUUGUUAAUUGGUUCAUUCAUUCAUGUAUAUAGACUGUAUAGUAUUUUGUAGAACGAAAUAAAGAAGAGCAACAGUUGGUAUUUCUAGGAAUG